UCGUUUUGUUGCGUGCCCAGUGGGAGUGUGUUUGCUGCAGGAGGGCAAACGCAAGGCAAGGCAAAGCUAAAAUUCAAAGAGCAACCCACGUCGAGCACAAGCAAUAAAACUGUCUUCAGGCAGCUGAGGAAAUAGCUAAGCAUCAACAACAAUAAAAUAAAUAUCAACUGGAAUAAGGACAUCGACGAAAUAAUUGGCUUAGGUAUGGAUGAGAAUCGUGUGGGCUAUGUGAGUUUUCAGGAUAUUCUGUCACUAAAUCAGGAGCACUGCAAAGUGCGCGAUCGGCAAGCGGUGGAGCGAAUAAUCAAUGAAUUUAUUUGGGGCGGACCUGAACGGAUGCAGAUGGUGUCCGAUUUUGAUUUUACGAUUACCAAACAGCGAACGGAUGAUGGCAUCGCAGUGCUCUCCAGUUUUGGCAUCUUUAAUAAUUGCAAAUCUCUGCCGCCGCACUACAAGGAGGAAUCGGACAAAUUGUUUAACAAAUAUCGACCCAUCGAAAUCGAUCCACAUAUGCCCAUUCCGGAGAAGGUGCAGUACAUGAUCGAAUGGUGGACUAAAUCGGGUCAGCUGACCAGCGGCUUUCCCUUCGACCUGGCCGAAAUAGAUCAAGGGGCUGGCCAAUUCAAAAAUGCGCUACGUGACCGAACGCAUGAGCUGUUUGACUCGCUACGCCAGUUACAAAUUCCAGUGCUUGUUUUCUCCGCCGGUCUUGGCAACUCGGUUGUGUCGGUGCUGCAACAGGCGAAUAUUUUAUAUCCCAAUGUCAAAGUCAUAUCGAACUUUUUAAAAUAUAGUGACGGUAUGCUGGCCGGCUUCCAGGAGCCCAUGAUUCAUACGUUCAACAAGAACGAAACCGUUUUGGAUGGCAGCGAAUACUAUGAGUUGGUGCACACACGCGAUCACAUCAUUGUCAUGGGUGAUUCCCUCGGCGAUGCGCAUAUGGCUGCCGGUGUGCCAGCAUCAUCGCAUAUUCUGAAAAUUGGUUUUCUCUUCGAACAUGUAGAGGCGAAUAUGGAGAAGUAUAUGAACACGUUCGACAUUGUUCUCGUCGAUGAUCAGACAAUGGAUGUGCCGAGAGCACUGCUCGGUCUGAUCGAGAGAAGGCAUCAGCUUCGCCAUCCACACAUCGCACCGAAUGACGCCGCUCUCCAGCUGAGUGCACUUUGAGUUUCCAUGGGUAUUUUGGAGUUUUAGUUGUUAAUUGGCCUGAAAAUACACUACAAAAGCUACUAAUUAAAUGGUUUACAAAUAAACGAUAAAGAAAAACAAUCACUCAUGUUUAUCAUCGGUAUUUAUGUGCAUGUUUCAUAAUAAAAAGACAUUUGUUUAGAAACGCAUUAGCGUUAAUUACUGAUAACAACUAACAAGAUUUGCUUUAACUGAUUGAUUUCACGCUUUGGGCUCCUAAAUACAAUCUAAUAUACUGCGAA